ACUUCACUGCCCUGCCCAGGGUCCAGGGAUCUCCUUUGGGAAGUGAGGAACCCUGCCAGGACAGGAAAGGGCGCGUGGAUGGAUGUGUUCUGCAGUCGCAGUGGCCUGGACCCUCUGUGGGAUUGGAACCGGACAUGGCACACGUCCAGCCCUGACCUGACCCAGUGCUUCCAGAACACGGUGCUGGUGUGGGUCCCCUGCAUCUACCUCUGGGUGUGCGCCCCCUUCUACUGCCUGUACCUCCGCUGCCAUGACCAAGGGUACAUAUGUAUAUCAAAGAUCUGCUGGGCCAAAACGGUCCUGGGGUUCUUCCUGGCAUUCUAUGGCUUCGUGGAGUCCUUCUACAUUGUGCUGGAGCGGUACCAGGAGAUCCACCGCCACCUAGUGUUCCUGCUCAGCCCCGCCAUGCGCAGUCUGACGAUGAUCCUGGCAGUGUGCGUGAUCCAGCUGGAGCGUAAGAGGGGCUGUCGUUCUUCCCUCUUCCUCUUCCUCUUCUGGCUGCUGUCGGUGGCGUGCUCUGUGGUCCCGGUGCGCUCCAAGGUGCUGCUGGCCAUAGAGGAGGGUUUCUACACAGACGCCGUGCGGUACCUGGCCUUCUUCUUCUAUGUCUCCCUGCUGCUGGCUCAGCUGGUCCUCUGCUGCUUUGCCGAUCAGCCCCCGGACACUGCGAAACCAGCACCAGGCAAGAAUCCCUGUCCAAUCAGGGACGCCUCUUUCCUCUCAAAGAUUUUCUUCUGGUGGUUUGGUGGGCUGGUCAUUAGGGGUUACCGCUCUGCGCUACAGGCUGAGGACUUGUGGACCUUGAGGGAGGAGGACACGUCAGACAGGAUCCUCUCUGACCUGGAGCAGGAGUGGAGCACGGAGUGUGCCAAACUGCAGCAAAGAGACCAGGCCCUGGGUGUGGGUGCAGGCCCGGGUGGGAGCACGACCCUGCGGCCCCUCCUCCUGGAACAGACCCAGCUUCUGCGGAAGCUUCGUAAGGAGCAGUGCUGCGGUUUCCUCCUGCUCCGUGCGCUUGCCCGUAGCUUCGGCCCCUGCUUCCUGUCCGGGACACUCUGCCUCCUGCUCAACGAUGCCUUCAUGUUCGCCAUCCCGCAGGUGCUCAGCCUGCUGCUGGGGUUCAUGAGGGAUGCAGAUGCCCCAUUGUGGAAGGGCUACUUCUACGCCUCUCUGAUGUUCCUGCUGUCCUGCCUGCAGUCCCUGUGUAACCACCAGUACAUGUACACCUGCUUCACCGUGGGCAUGAGGGUGAAGACUGCUGUCAUGGGCCUUGUCUACCGCAAGUCGUUGGUCAUCACCAGCGCAGCCCGCAGAACCUGCACUGUGGGAGAGAUCGUGAACCUCGUGUCGACGGACACACAGAAGCUCAUGGACUUCGUGGUGUAUUUCAAUGCAGUCUGGGCAGCCCCCAUCGAGAUCGCCCUCUGCCUCUUCUUCCUCUGGCAGCAUUUAGGGCCGUCAGCCCUGGCUGGUAUAGCGACCGUCAUCGUUAUAUUUCCCCUCAAUGGCUUUAUCGCGAAGAAACGGAGCAAACUCCAGGAGAUUCAGAUGAAGUACACGGAUGGAAGGAUAAAGCUUAUGAAUGAGAUCCUGAAUGGGAUCAAGAUUCUGAAGUUCUACGCCUGGGAGAAGGCCUUCCGGGAGAGGGUGCAGGGCUACAGGGAGAGAGAGCUGCAGGCCCUCAAGAGAUCCCAGAUCCUCUACUCUGUGUCCAUCGCCUCCUUCAACUCCUCCUCCUUCCUGAUUGCCUUUGCCAUGUUUGGAGUCUACGUGCUGAUCGACAAUAAGAAUGUUCUGGACGCUCAGAAAGUCUUCGUGUCCAUGGCCCUCAUCAACAUCCUGAAGACCCCUCUGAGCCAGCUGCCCUUCGCCAUGAGUACCACCAUGCAGGCUGUUGUCUCACUCAAGCGCCUUGGAAAAUUUCUUUGUCAAGAAGAACUUAAACCGGGCAAUGUGGAAAAGGUCCCCUGCACCCCCGAGGGAGAUGGAGUAGUGAUAGAGAAUGGGACUUUCAGCUGGUCUAAAGAGGGCACUCCGUGCCUCAGGAGGAUCAGCGUACGUGUGCCGCAGAGAUCCCUGGUUGCUGUGGUGGGCCACGUAGGCAGCGGGAAGUCCUCCCUGCUCUCGGCGAUGCUUGGCGAGAUGGAGAAGAGAAGCGGCCGAGUCUCAGUCAGGGGCUCUGUGGCCUACGUGCCCCAGCAGGCCUGGAUUCAGAACGCCACCCUGCGGGACAACAUCUUGUUUGGGCGCGAGAGGAAGGAGAGCUGGUACCAGCAGGUGGUGGAGGCCUGCGCCCUGCUGCCUGACCUGGAGAUCCUGCCCGCUGGAGACAUCACCGAGAUCGGAGAGAAGGGGCUGAACCUCUCUGGAGGGCAAAAACAGAGGGUGAGCCUGGCACGGGCGGUGUACAGGAGGGCGGACAUUUACCUGCUCGAUGACCCCCUGUCUGCUGUGGACGCCCACGUCGGCCAGCACAUUUUUGACAAGGUCAUUGGACCCAAGGGUGUGCUGUGUGACAAGACGCGCGUCCUGGUGACCCACGGCCUCAGCUUCCUGCCGCAGGCCGACCUGAUCCUGGUGAUGGUGGACGGCGAGAUCACGGAGGUGGGCUCGUACACGGAGCUGCUGGGGCGGCAGGGCGCCUUCGCUGAGUUCAUACACACCUUUGCCAGCAGUGAGAGCAAGGAGGGCCCCACACAUCGAGAAGCUGAUGUUCAAGCUCUUGUUGCGGGCAACAGGAAGUCCUCAUCACGCCUCAGCAUGACGGACUUCCUGCCCACCUCCAGAGAUCUCUCCCAUGAGCUGCUCAUCAGCAGCGACCCAGGCGGCACCAGCCCUCAAAACACAGAACCCAUCCCUGAUCAGAACCACGAGCCAGAACCAGAUGGUGCAGGCAGGCUGACAGAGGUGGACAGAGCCCACACUGGCAGGGUGAAGCUGGAGAUGUACACGGAGUACUUCAGGACCGUGGGCCUGGCCCUCAUCCUGCCCAUCAUCUUUCUGUACGCCUUCCAACAGGCCGCCUCGCUGUCCUACAACUACUGGCUUAGCAUGUGGGCUGACGACCCCGUCGUCAACGGCACGCAGGUCGACGCUGACCUCAAGCUCGGCGUAUUCGGAGCCCUCGGAUUUGCGCAAGGAGUGGCCAUUUUUGGCACCACCGUGGCCAUCUCGGUGGGUGGUAUUAUGGCGUCCCGCCACCUGCACCUGGAUCUCCUGGACAACGUGUUGCGCUCGCCCAUGUCCUUCUUCGAGCGCUGCCCCAGUGGGAAUCUCCUCAACCGCUUCUCCAAGGAGGUGGACGCCAUCGACUGCAUGAUCCCCGACGGCCUGAAGAUGAUGCUGGGCUACCUGUUUAAGCUGGUGGAAGUGUGCGUCAUCGUGCUCAUGGCCACGCCCUUUGCCGCUGUGGUCAUCCUGCCCCUGGCUGUCUUCUACGCCUUCGUCCAGAGUUUCUAUGUGGCCACGUCAUGCCAGCUGCGGAGACUGGAGUCGGUGAGCCGCUCACCCAUCUACACCCACUUCAAUGAGACGGUGCAGGGUGCCAGCGUGAUCCGGGCGUACGGCGAGCAGCCCAGGUUCAUUGUGCGGGCCAACCGCAGAGUUGACCACAAUCAGGCUGCCUACUUCCCCAGAUUUGUGGCUACCAGGUGGCUGGCUGUGAAUCUGGAGUUCCUCGGUAGUAUUCUGGUCCUUGCUGCCUCUGUCCUAUCUGUGAUGGGGAAGGACAGUCUAAGCCCUGGCCUUGUGGGAUUGGCUGUGUCUCACUCCCUUCAGGUGACAGCCAUCCUGAGCUGGAUCGUGCGCUCAUGGACCGAUGUGGAGAACAACAUAGUAUCGGUGGAGAGGGUGAAAGAGUACGCCGACACUCCAAAAGAGGCAGAGUGGACCAUUGAGAACAGCGCCCUCCCCGAUGCCUGGCCACAGACAGGUACCAUUGAGCUCCGAGGUUAUGGACUACGGUACCGCAAAGGCCUGGACCUGGCUCUCAAGGGCAUCUCUGUGCACAUCCAUGAGAGAGAGAAGGUUGGGAUAGUGGGCAGGACCGGAGCUGGAAAAUCUUCCCUGGCGCUCGGAAUCUUCCGGAUCUUGGAGGCUGCUAAAGGAGACAUCUACAUCGAUGGGAUCAAUAUCGCGGAGAUCGGGCUUCACGACCUGCGGUCCCGCAUCACCAUCAUCCCACAGGACCCGGUGCUGUUCUCCGGUUCUCUGCGCAUGAAUCUGGACCCCUUCGACGCGUACUCAGACCAAGAGGUGUGGAGCGCCCUGGAACUCGCCCAUCUGAAGAACUUUGUGUCGGGCCUGCCAGACAAACUGAACCACGAGUGUUCAGAGGGAGGGGAGAACCUCAGUCUGGGUCAGCGCCAGCUGGUAUGUUUGGCCCGUGCUCUGCUCCGGAAGACCAAGAUCCUGGUUCUGGACGAGGCCACGGCCGCCGUGGACCUGGAGACGGACAACCUGAUCCAGUCCACCAUCCGCAGCCAGUUUGAGGACUGCACCGUGCUGACCAUCGCCCACCGGCUCAACACCAUCAUGGACUACACCCGGGUCAUUGUCAUGGAGAGGGGUCACGUGAUGGAGAUGGACUCCCCCUCCCAACUCAUCGCCCAGCGGGGUCGCUUCUUCUGGAUGUGCCGAGAGGCUGGGCUGGCGUGAGCGGCCGUCCCGACGGUUGGAGGGCUUCAGGGGUGGGAUGGGGGUGCAGGGUGGGGGAGAGACUGGGAUGUCCCCCCACCUUUUAAAGAGGCCGGAGAGUGGUUCGUCCAAGGCGACCAAGCAGCCAGGACUCAUGGGCGAGAUGGAGAGGAUGUCCACUUUUGCAACAAAACCCCCAAACGUUGAAGAGUCACAGCCAAAUCCCCAUUAGACCCCCCUGGCAAAGGGGGCGUCACUCGUAUUAGGGGUAGGGCUUUACUAUCCUCCAGGUUCAUGUAGAUGAUUCAGUGAGGACUGUGACAUCAUCAGCACUGGAGGGACCAACUGGGGACAGCCAUGUAUCAGUUACUUUCCGGUCUGAGUGGCAACAAUUCCAGAGACAGAGGUUGGCAAUCUAAGGCCGAGGAUUUGACAAGAAAGA